AGUAUUACUGAGAAAGAUCCAAGCCGAGAUGUUUCCUGACCACUCUGGAGAUGUAAGAUUAAGCUGCCAGUUUGCAGAAAUUCAUGAAGAUUCUACCAUCUGGUGGACAAAAGAUUCAAAGUCAAUUGCCCAAGUGCAGAGAAGUGCAGGAGACAACUCCAUUGUGUCCUUGACCAUCGUCCAAGCCAGUCAGAAGGACCAGGGCCUCUAUUACUGCUGCAUCAAGAACAGUUAUGGAAAAGUGACAGCUGAAUUUAACCUCACCACUGAAGUUCUCAAACAACUUUCCAGUCACCAGAACAUUACAGGAUGCGAAGAGAUUGAAUUCAGCCAACUUAUCUUCAGAGAAGACUUCCUCCAGGACAGCUACUUUGGGGACCGCCUGCGAGGUCAGAUCGCCACAGAGGAGCUGCACUUCGGAGAAGGUGUCCACCGAAAAGCCUUCCGCAGCAAAGUGAUGCAGGGCCUCAUGCCCGUCUUCCAGCCCGGCCACGCCUGCGUGCUCAAGGUGCACAAUGCCGUUGCCUAUGGGACCAAAAACAACGAUGAGCUCGUCCAGAGGAACUACAACCUCGCUGCCCAGGAAUGCUAUGUCCAAAAUACUGCCAGACACUAUGCCAAGAUCUACGCUGCGGAAGCACAGCCUCUGGAAGGCUUUGGAGAAGUGCCAGAGAUCAUUCCUAUUUUUCUCAUCCAUCGGCCUGAGAACAACAUCCCAUAUGCAACAGUGGAGGAGGAGCUGAUUGGAGAAUUUGUGAAGUAUUCCAUCAGGGAUGGGAAGGAAAUCAACUUCCUGAGGAGAGACUCCGAGGCGGGUCAGAAGUGCUGCACCUUCCAGCACUGGGUGUACCAGAAAACGAGUGGCUGCCUCCUGGUCACUGACAUGCAGGGUGUAGGAAUGAAGUUAACCGACGUUGGCAUAGCAACAUUGGCUAAAGG